AUGAUCAGGAAGGGGGAUGGUUCCCACAAGGCUUGGAUGUCGUGUCUCGAGUGCCUCACCAGCGUCGACAGGGUUUCGCUAGACAUCGAUUUUUUCGUUGAGGAAAUCUCCUUCCGAGUGGGGGUGUUUUGUCCCGCGCCGAGCGGCUUCCGACCUGGAGGCGUCAAACGUCUUUUAGCGUUGCAAACCACGCCGACCGGGUGGAGGAGACGCAGCAAGAGGUCCUCGAUAGACUGCGGGUUCGAAGACAUGCAGGAAAUGGCCGCUGCCGUGGUGUCCAACAUGUGCAGCUGUACGGGCCCGGACAGCACGGCCUCAGCCGGAGAUGCCACGGCGGUAGACCGGACGGAGGCUGAUGAUGCCGGCAACGGGGAAGACGUGGGCGGGCAAGAGCCUGACGCCCACGGCAUUGACGCCAACCCACCUAAGGGGGGGGUUCUGUAG